CCUUCCGCCACUCACCCAUGGCCACCGGUAUGGAUGGCGAUGACACCGUCACCGCCGAGGUCUGCAAUGAAGCUGACAUCGGCGAUGGAGAACUCUGUGAGGUGAUGGUGGCUGGCCACCCGGUGCUGCUGGUGAGGAACAAGAAGGAGUUCAGCGCCCUGGGCAGUAGGUGCCCACACUAUGGUGCUCCACUCAGCAAAGGGGUCUUGAGGGGGCACAGGCUGCGCUGCCCCUGGCAUGGAGCCUGCUUUAACAUCAAAACAGGAGAUAUUGAGGAAUACCCUUCUCUGGACUGUCUUCCCUGCUUUAAGGUAACAGUGGAAGAAGGAAAGGUGUUUGUUACAGCAAAAAAGAAGGCUCUUGAAAGUGGUGUGAGGGUGAAGGACACAAGCAAACGGUGUCUUCUCAACCGGACCACAGCACUGCUCCUUGGGGGAGGUGUGGCUGCCCUGGUCUGUGCAGAGACACUUCGUCAAGAGGGCUUUACUGGCAGGAUCAUCAUGGCCACCAAAGAGAAACAUGCUCCAUAUGACAAGUCCAGACUGAUCAAGGAAAUGACCAUGAAAGCUGAGGACCUCUACCUAAGGAAACCCGAAUUCCUCAGUGCUCGUGACAUAGAGCUCUGGACAGAGAAAGAGGCAGUGUUGGUGGAUUUCCAGAAGCAGAAGGUCCACUUUAAGGAUGGAUCCUCUCAGAAGUACAAUCAGCUGCUCAUUGCAACAGGCAGCCACUCCAGCUUCCUCAAAGUCCCAGGUGCAGACCUGCAGAACGUAUGUCAUCUCCAAACCCCGGAAGACUCUAGCAAGAUCUUAGAGCUGGCAGCUGGGAGGAAUGUGGUGGUCAUAGGAGCUUCAUUCAUAGGAAUGGAGGCAGCUGCCUUCCUCUCAGACAAGGCUGCUGCUGUCUCAGUGGUGGAAAAAGACGAGUUCCCUUUCCAGAAAACACUGGGUCCUCAGGUCGGAGGCAUUUGCAUGAAGAUGCUGCAGAAUAAAGGGGUGAAGUUUUACACGAAAACAGAACUCUGUGAGCUGAAAGGGAAGGAUGGAAAGGUCACAGAGGCCAUUAUUGCCAGCGGAGAAAAACUACCUGCAGAUGUGGUGGUGCUGGGGAUAGGGGCGUUUCCCAACUCUGCAUUUCUGAAGGGCACCUCCAUCGCCAGAGACAGCAGCGGUGCCAUCCUGGUGGAUCUGUACAUGCAGACCAACAUCCCCAAUGUCUUUGCUGCGGGGGACGUGGUCUCCUUUCCUGUAGCGCUGCUCAACGGGGAGCGCUCCAGCAUCCAUCACCAACAGGUGGCCGAGGCCCAUGGUUCCAUUGCUGCCUUUAACAUGCUGAAGAAACUGAAGGAGUUGCACACUGUCCCCUUCUUCUGGACCACAAUGCUUGGGAAAAGCAUCCACUACGCAGGCUGCGGGAAGGGGUUCACAGACACCGUUGUGAAGGGCAGCUUGGAGCAGCAGAAGUUCCUGGUUUUUUACAUCAGGGAUGGUUUCGUGACUGCAGCUGCCAGCCUGAACUGUGACCCCAUGGUGUCUCUGAUUGCAGAAGUUUUAUACUUGGGGAAACGAAUCUCUAAAGAAGAAGCAGAGGCCUGCGAUAUCAACCAAAUACCCUCGCUGACAGAAACCUGAGCUUCGUACGUGCACUGCCACAGGGG